AUGACCAGCUUGGAGUGGGAUGGCAUCGGCUCGUUCAUCCCGAGGGAAAAGUUUAUUUCCAACGUCUACACCGAUGCCUGGUUGUACGACAAGAAGACUUUGCAUGACCUGGAAGCUGUUGUGGCCAUGCUGCGUCGCAAUCCGCUGCAGGCCCUCAACAGUCAGGCCCUCGAAACCGAGGAUUCUCGCGGGCUAUUAGACUACGACGACAUCGAGAUUGGUAUACACCUCCAGAUCACGCAGGGACAGGAAGGAGAAAAGACCGAAACGGAUGGAGGAAAGACCUCUAGCACACGGAGAUGGUGGCCUAUCAGACGCCAUAGCGACGGACGCGAGACUGUAGUAAAAGGAUGUUACCAUAUCUGCAACAUAAAGAAGAGGCAAGUAUUCUGGUUGGAUGAAGUUGACACCAACAUCUUCUGGGAAGACCUUGACCAUCGCAUCAUCGGAAUUGACCAUCUCGGCGGCAUACUGGUCUGUGGCUCGACUCUCCACGCAAACGCCGCUGAUAGCAACUGGAUCCCUACCCCGAUGCACAGGGAGCACUUGUAUAUCUUUCCUGAUAAACGAAUCAUCUCGCAACUAGAGCUUGACGACUUGAACGAAAGGCUUGCCUUCUGGGCAUUCGAUGCCGCGAGCUCGAAGGCAUCGACAUCACCAUGUACCGCAGACGAACUUGCACAGUUCACAAAAAUGGUUGGGAAGAUAAAAGACCAGAAGAUGCUUGUAUUCGGUCUAGGCAAGUUGAUGAGCGCACUCCUCAAGAUUCGUUUCGCGUACUUCCAUGGGGAAGAACACGCCCAACUCAACAAUUCGCACGGCUUCUAUCCCCAUCAUUACGAGUCGGAUUCUCACUCUCCUUGGUUUACAAUCUUGAACUGGUUGUCCUUCUAUACCGCUGUAUCUUACUAUCUCAACCUCAAUCAGCUGUGGAUCGGAAGGAAGAUGAGUACGAGUCGCUGGAAUGACUUCGUGAUUCAGCUUCAAGAUGACUGGCUGGCGGCUAUCACGCCGGCUACGGUCGUGUUGGCUGCAAAUUUCAGUUCUCUCGCCCUCUCAUCAGUCGACCAGAAUGGUCCCCCUUUCACAGAGCGCAAUCUCGGGCAGAUUGUUAGUUACAUCUCGCUGAUACUCAACAUCAGCAACAUUGCGGCCGCAACAAUUUUGGCAAGGCAGCAUCGCUCCGGUCAUAAUUCGAGUUUCGAAGGCGAGCCGCCAAAGGGUGGCCCCCAAAAGAAGCAAGUGGAGGAGUUAGAGCGGCUCGCGGUCAUCUAUAGCAUCCCGGCUACGUUCUUCUGGCUUCUAACCUUAUUCGUCUCCAUUGCGUGGAUAUGCUUCCAUCGAACCAACCAGCUUACGAGGUAUACGGUCGUGGGCAUCGUCGGGCUAUCGAUGGUCCUCCUUGCCCUUGUUCUGCUGUACACCUAUCGCGACAGUCAUGGGUGGUCUUGGUUUGAGAUCUGGGCAUUUCCUUUGCAACCGUUAGUCGCCAUUUACCGUGUCCUCUCAAAGUGGUUCUCCAAGAUGUUCCCUGAACGCCAGAAAUAUCCCAGAAAGGACAGCUACGAAGCCUGA